AUGAGCAGCACGCCGACACCAAGUGAGGCGUCCGGCAGCCAAACUGGCCUGGUUCCUGCGCUACUGUGCCAGAAAUGUGGUGAAGCCACAAACAUGGCCAGUAGCAGUGCUACUGGCCGAAACCCUCUGUUGCGAGCCUGCAACGGCUGUUGUGCAACGGAGAAGUGGCUGAAUAGAAGCCUGGCCAAGCCCAAGGGCCGAGAUGAAACGGAAGAGGAAAAAGCACGCCGAUUGAACGCACAAAAGAUCAAAGAUGAGCUGAAAGCCACAAGACGCCCGAAGACAGGAAGAAUUGGCCAUGUGGAAGAAAGAAGGAUUGCUUCCUCCUUCAAAGACAAUGUGGAGGUCUACGUACCGUUCAGAACUUGGGCAGCUCAAGAAAUGUCGCUCAAGGUGUACAACACUUUGAAGGAGGCUGAGGGAGGCUGGGAGAAACUCCUAGCAAACCCGGCCACCUUGACCGUGCAGCAGAAUGGCCAGACCUGUGUGAAGCAGUUCCACGGGGUGGAGGUGCGACAACGCGACGGCCACGAGUUCCAGUCAGGACUGAGGCAGAGAAUGGAUAUCUCCGAUGAGAAGGAGCUGGAUGAAUAUUUGGAAGAGAAUGAGAGCCGGCUGAAGCGAGCAAAGAACAGGCUUUCAGUCGAGGCCAAGGCAAACGAGGAAGAAGGUGGUGAGAAAAUCAUCCCUCUGCUUACUGUCCGCAAAGACCUGGGGCAGCUGAAAGAGAUUGAGGAAGCAAGGGAUGCAGAGAUGCAUGCCCAGGCCGCUGCCAUUGCAGAGAGAAAAGCCAGGGAAGCAAAGCAGAAGAAAGACAAAGAAGAGAACCAGGAGAAGUCCCUGCCCCUGGAGAAGCUGGCACUGCAGUCUGCAAAGGGAAAGGCAGUGCAGACCAUGACAAACGUGCUCUUGAGGCUGCAAACAGUUUACAAGACCUUGGAAGAGGAGGCCAACAAGAUCACAGAAAACGAAAGCGAAGACAUCAAGAAGGAGCAGGCUGCCAAGUUCCGGUGUGUGGCCAUUGCCAUGCAGACCCUGGAAACCGCCAUCAAUGAGAAGGACAAAAGUUGGGAGCAUGAGACAAGCACACACCAGACUGCGGACCAGCUGGCGGCCCUGAGGCAGCAAAUCACCGAGGCGACCAAAAACUUCCACACAACCUCUGAGGAGUGCAAGGCAGCGAGAGACACGGUCACGGAUGUGAGGUGCUGGCUGAACAGCACAAAAAAGGCAAUCCGCGACGCAGAGAAAGCAGCCCAGAAAACAGCUGCUGGGAAGAAGAUAGCCAAAGUUGCUGCCAGCAACACCCUGGAGCAGCUGGGCAUGGCCUUGGCCAAGGACUGCAGCGGCAUGACAGAGUCAUGUGGCAACAUGUCCUACAGCCUCAAUGCCGUUUUUAAGCUGGACUACUACAAGUUGCAGAAGACAUGGGUGGCAGAGAAGAUGAAGUUCGUGCAGGGCAGCAGUUGCUCCGCCAUCGUGUCCAAGAAAGCUGUGGCCGGCAGGCUGGCCCAGUUCUUGCAGAGGUCUUGGCCCGACAUCCUGGGCGAUGACCCACUGCGAGGAAUUCCUGCCGAGGCACAGGACCAUUUCGUGAUUCAGUUCGCCCAGAGGCACAGCAACACCGGAAGUAUCUAUGCGCGAACAGAGAUGAAUUGCCCAAUGUUGCUGAUUCUCUUGGAGGGGGAGUUGGCAGUUGGAGGGUUCCGUCCUGAGAGGCUGGGUGGCAAGACCCUAGCCGAGGAAGUGAAAAAGUUGGAAAGCAUGACAGCUACACAGAUCCGACUGGAAGCGGAAAAUCAUGGCUGGAUUUCCAGGCUGAAGCCUGGAGCAAGCAUUGUGAUUCCGUCCAACUGCGUGUGGUUUGAACUUUCGGGGGACGAUGACGAGAAUCACAGCAUUCGCCAAGUGCUUGGACGAGAGGCCUUCACACCUGCAAUGCUCCAGUGGCUGCAGCAGAUGGACAAGGAGGGUAGCCUGGCACAGAACGAGGCCUUGGUGAAGUCAGGCAGCGUGAAGCCUUCGAUCCAACUCGAGGGCAAGAUCCAAGGGUCACAACCGUGA